CCAGGCCCCAGGCCUGCGAAACGAGAUGCACGCCGCAGGCCUCCCUACUUAACCUUCCCCCCUCACCUCCCGCCGAAGCCGCCGGAGCCACGCAUUCCCCGCUCCCCUCCUCCCUCGUCCUCCUUCCCAGCUUCGCCUGCCAGCCGAGACGCGCCCCACGCCACCAACCACCGUCCACCGCCUCGGCUACCUAUUUACUGCCCCCGACCGCACGCCUUCGCUUCGCCCCGCGCCAGCCCCGCCCCGCCCCGUCUGCGCCCGGCCCCCACGCGGCGGCGCAUCGGCUAUCGACCCGGGCUCCCGCGCGCGGCCGAGCGGUAACGGCACGCGCGUCAUGGCGCGCCGCGGUAGCGGCGGCCUCGUCCGCCUGCUCGUGACGCUGGCCAUGCUCCUCGCCGCUGUCGCCGAGGAAGCCACGGCGGCGCCCGCGGAGAUCGGAGUGGAGCAUGCGCCAGCCGCGCCGGCGCAGAGCGCGUCCGAGGAGGCGCCGGCACUGGCUUCGGAGACGGAGGCGGAGCAGCACAAUCAGCCGCCGCCGCAGCACCUCCUGCCGCGCCCCCUCAUCAUCGAGCUCCCGUCCGAGGCUGCGGCGGCGGCGCGGGCGGCUGCCGCAGGCGAGGGGCAGGACGAGGCGCCGACAGACGCCGUCGCGGCGACGCUGGAGCUGGAGGUCCAGGUCGACCUGGUGCCGGCUGCGCCGGCGCAGGUCGCGUUCGAGAACGCGGCGGCGGAGCAGUACCAGCACCUGCCACGCCCGCUCGUCUUCGAGCCGGCGGUGGACGACGUGCCGGCGGACGUGCGCUGUGCGAGCUGGCGGCUCGCGGCGGAGGCCAACAACCUCGCGCCGUGGAAGGCGGUGCCGGCGGGGUGCGCGGCGCACGUCCGGGACUACAUCGCGGGCGCCGCCUACCGCUCCGACCUCGACCUCAUCGCGCGGGAGUCCACCACCUACGCGCGCGCCGCGCCGCUCCGGGGCGACGGCCGCGACGCAUGGGUGUUCGACAUCGACGAGACGCUGCUCUCCAACCUCCCCUACUACGCCGAGCACGGGUACGGGCUUGAAUUGUUCGACCACCAGAAGUUCGACAGGUGGGUGGAGAGGGGUGAGGCGCUGGCCAUCCCCUCCAGCUUGAAGCUGUACAAUGAGGUUCGCGAGCUGGGGUUCAAGACCUUCCUGCUCACGGGCAGAAGCGAGGGGCACCUAGACAUCACCGCGGAGAACCUCAAGAAGCAGGGGUUCCAUGAUUGGGACAAGCUCAUACUCAGGGAAGCAUGUGACCGCAAGAAAACUGCAACAGUCUACAAAUCAGAAAAGAGGAAGGCAAUGGAAGAAGAGGGGUAUAGGAUCCUAGGCAACUCUGGCGAUCAAUGGAGCGAUUUGCUGGGCUGGUCCAUGAGCGCUCGCUCCUUCAAGCUCCCCAAUCCAAUGUACUAUAUCCCAUGACAGAAACAGAAAAUAGGGCGGGUGAUGCAGUGUUUAUUUGAUGCAUUGUGCACCCAGGCCCAAUUGAACAUAAUGCUGACUGAUGGAAACUGAGAAUAAUCUGGCAAUGGAAUUUAAACUGUACAAAAGCUUCACUAACGCCAUGUAGUGUACAUUACCUGUAAAUCUGAAUGUAAUGGUUGAAAUGCGAAGAGUUAAUCUAUGAGUAAUUGAGGGUUCAGGGAUAUGCCUUAUACAGAAAACUACAGUUUCUGCGAAAUUACGCAGCUGCUAGAAAUGGAGUUUAAUGUUCCCGAUGCAAC